CGCGUGCGAUGCAACUCGUCUUCCGAAGGCUGCCUCUUCGACUCCAUUCCAUCUGCGGAACCUUCGCUCGAUCCUUCGUUACCACCUCCGCCGCUCUCCCCGUCUUCUCCGAAUUCGAUGUGCUGGCGCAGGAGGAAGCCGCGGGCCACGGCGAGGAGCAGCCUCGUGGAUCCCUCUCGUCUAGGGUGGAGAGGCUGCCGAAGGGCGAAUCCGUCGCCCUCGCCUUCCAGAACUGGAUGGGGGAGGGAUCCGCCGUCGACAGGGGCGAAAUUUUUCACGCCGUCAAUCGCCUCCGAAAGCGCAAGAUGAACCGGAGGGCGCUGGAGGUUAUGGAGUGGGUCGUUAGAGAGAGACCAUACAAGCUGAGUGAAUUGGAUUACUCAUAUCUUUUGGAGUUCACAACCAAAAUUCAUGGCAUUUCACAGGCUGAAAGUCUCUUCCUCCGUAUUCCUCAUAACUAUCAAAAUGUGCUGCUUUACAACAAUCUCGUCAUGGCCUGCUUAGAUAAGGGUCUGAUCAGGCUUUCGUUAGCAUACAUGAGAAAGAUGAGGGAACUGGACUUUCCUAUCUCCCCAUAUGUUUACAAUCGGUUGAUUCUUCUACAUUCCUCCUCUAGUCGCAAGAAAACCAUACCUAAAAUUCUGAUCCAAAUGAAGGCUGAUGGUGUAUCCCCACAUGUAUCAACAUAUAACAUUUUAUUGAAGAUAGAAGCUGAUGAACAUAAUCUUGAAGGCCUGUCAAAGGUAUUCAAUGAUAUGAAACGAGCAAAAGUUGAGCCAAAUGAAAUCACUUAUGGCAUUCUAGCAAUGGCACAUGCAGUUGCAAGACUAUAUACAAUAUCUGAGACAUAUGUUGAAGCCAUAGAGAGGUCAAGAACUGAUAAUAACUGGUCUACACUAGAUAUUUUACUUAUCCUGUAUGGUUAUCUGGGGAAAGAGGAGGAACUACAGAUAACCUGGAAGUGUGUCAAGGAACUUCCUUAUGUUAGAACUAAAAGUUUUAUUCUUGCAAUUGAAGCGUUUGGAAGAGGUAGUUCAGUUGACAUAGCUGAAGAGAUAUUUGCAGAAAUGAAAUCAAUCAAACAGUUGAAGACAACAAAGCAGUUUAAUUCAAUCAUUUCAGUUUACUGCAGGAAUGGGCUUGUGGAUAAGGCAUCUGAGGUGUUCAAAGAAAUGGAAGCAAAUGGUUGCAGGCCAAAUGCUAUAACAUAUCGCCACCUUGCUUUGGGUUGCUUGAAAGCUGGUUUAUGGGAUGAAGCAUUGAAGACAAUGAAUUUGGGGAAGAAUGAGGAUCUGAGCUUUCGAGUAAGAAGAUCUACGCCAUGGUUGGAAACUACACAUAUGUUAUUGGAGGUUUUUGCUGAUAUGGGUGAUCUAGAGAAGGCAAAAAGUUUAUUUAAAGAAUUUAAGGAAACAAAAUACUGUAGAUAUACUUUUGUUCAUAAUACACUUCUAAGAGCUUAUGUGAAGGCAAGGGUUUAUGAUUCAGAAAUUUUGAGGAAAAUGAUCUUGGCAGGAGCAAGCCCUGAUGCGGAGACAUAUAGUCUUGUUAGAUUCAUAGAGCAGUUCAAAAGUUAGUCAUAUCAGCAUAGAUCAAUAUUUCCAUGUACUGGCAAAGUCUUGACAGACAACGGACUAACGUUACAACUAAAAUCAUCCACAAAGGAAGCAUAGUCCAAAUCAGGAAAUUACUCUGCUUUUCUCCACUGGUCCUGAUGAAACUAUUUCCUUGUGUACAAGGGAGAGCUGACUGACAGUUUUAACACUCUUGAUACGAGAAGUUGUGCUGAAUUCAAAUACUCAGAAGAUCACUAUACAAGAUUGCAUUAUGGUUGUUAUUACAAACUCUAACAUGCUACAUAUGUUUGAGGAUGAACUUUUUAAUCUGUAUCAAUUAAGGUGCAAGAUGACUCUCAUCUUGGAGAUCUCUUGCAUUCUCUGAUCUUCAUGCUGGUACACUGACAUUCUGUCUACUUGAGUUUGAAUAUUUACAUGACUUUUACCAGACCUGUCCAAUGAUCCUUUUCUGCAUGACUUUAACAUGUGGAUCAAUUCUAUUACUCCAGUUGGUUAUCUACGGAGUUAAUGGAGUAUCAAGCUACUUUUGCAUCAACAAAGGAGUACUUAGCCACUUCUAGUAACUGGUCUAUUUGAAACAAUCAACCAUGAAGAUUAAACCAAUUUGAGUAGAUCAUACACCAAGCGCCAUCCAACUCAAGGGAGGUUUGUUGAGUUCCAGAUGGCACUUUCAAUCUGUUCCAGCAUUGAAAGUGGCGUGGGCUGGUGCGAGGAUCAUUCUUACUUUGAUCACCAGCUUUUGGCAGAUAUUCUGGUGGCAUUGUCCAGUUCAUCCUCUGCUGCAGCAGUCACCAUACCGCACUUUGGAAUUGCCUUUUGUUGCAGAAUUCUAACUUAACCAGGAUAAAAAGCUUCAGAUUUUUGCUUGGUGCUUAUAUGAAGUGCUAUGUUUUCUUGAUCAUGAUGAAAAGCGUCAGAUUCUUUCUUGUCACUUACAUGAAGUGCUAUGGUACCACCUCCUAGUUGUAAGAUAAAAGUGACACAACUUGGAACAUCAUUCAUUAGCAACAAUGUACUAGUAUCUGGUGGGCAAGGAUUCAUUUGAAUCUUCAUUA